CUGAGCUCCGAGCUCUGCAGACAACACGCUGUAGGCUACUGCUACAUUGGACAUUUACUCACACAUUGUACAUCACAAGUGUAUGGAUACAAUACAAUUUUACUAAUGGUCAAUUAAGAGGGAGAAUCCAGAGCUGACACGUUUGUCUCGAACCCCCGGUAUUAAAUAUCUUCUGAAAUUAUCAUAUUUACCGUGAUCAGCGGAGGAACAGUCCCAACGACUGAAGCCAUGCCCUGCGUCCAGGCUCAGUAUGGCUCAUCCCCGCAGGGCGCCAGUCCCGCGUCUCAAAGCUACAGUUAUCACACCAGCGGAGAAUAUAGUUGCGAUUUCCUGACUCCUGAGUUUGUAAAGUUCAGCAUGGACUUGACCAAUACCGAGAUCACUGCCGCAACCACCUCUCUGCCCAGCUUUAACACAUUCAUGGACAACUACAACACCAGUUACGACGUGAAGCCGCCCUGUCUAUAUCAGGUGCCCCAUUCUGGAGAACAGUCCUCUAUCAAGGUGGAGGAUGUCCAGAUGCACACAUACCACCAGCAGAGCCACCUGGGCCCGCAAUCGGAGGAAAUGAUGGCCCACCCCGGGCCCAUGUACUUCAAACCGUCCUCACCUCACGCCCCGGGAAACCCGAACUUCCAGGUUCAGCCCAAUCACAUGUGGGAAGAUCCGAGCUCCCUGCACACUUUCCAUCAGAACUAUAUGACCUCGCACAUGAUAGACCAACGCAAAAACCCCGUGUCUAGAUUGUCUCUAUUCUCUUUCAAGCAAUCGCCCCCUGGUACUCCUGUAUCCAGCUGCCAGAUGCGCUUUGACGGGCCUCUCCAUGUGUCUAUGGGCCACGACAGCCCUGGAGCGCACCGAACCCUGGACAGUCAGAGUUUUGCAGUGCCCAGUGCCAUCAGAAAACAAGCGGGCAUCGCUUUCACCCACUCCCUGCAGCUCAGUCACGGGCACCAGCUGAUGGACAGUCAGGUGCCCUCACCCCCGUCCAGAGGAUCACCGUCCACCGAGGGUUUGUGCGCGGUAUGUGGUGACAACGCGGCGUGUCAGCAUUAUGGAGUCCGAACUUGCGAAGGGUGUAAAGGCUUCUUCAAGCGCACAGUACAGAAGAACGCCAAAUAUGUUUGCUUAGCCAAUAAAAACUGUCCUGUGGAUAAACGUCGAAGAAACAGAUGUCAGUACUGCCGAUUUCAGAAGUGCCUAGUAGUCGGGAUGGUGAAAGAAGUUGUCAGGACCGCCAGUUUAAAAGGUCGGAGAGGCCGUUUACCCUCCAAACCCAAAAGUCCGCAAGAGUCUUCUUCACCCUCUCCACCCGUCAGUUUGAUUAGCGCUUUGGUCAGAGCUCACGUGGACUCCAACCCCUCCAUGAGCAACCUCGACUACACUAGAUUCCAAGCCAACGCGGACUACCAGCUGAGUGGAGACGACACGCAGCACAUCCAGCAAUUCUACGACCUGCUUACCGGAUCCAUGGAGAUCAUCCGCGGAUGGGCAGAGAAGAUCCCCGGGUUCACCGACCUGCCUAAACCGGACCAAGACCUACUGUUCGAGUCUGCGUUUCUGGAACUCUUUGUUUUGCGUCUGGCUUACAGGUCCAACCCGAUGGAAGGCAAACUCAUCUUUUGUAACGGGGUGGUAUUGCACAGACUGCAGUGUGUCCGUGGAUUUGGAGAGUGGAUUGAUUCUAUAGUGGAGUUUUCGUCUAAUCUUCAGAGUUUAAAUUUAGAUGUAUCCGCUUUCUCCUGCAUCGCUGCCCUGGCUAUGGUCACAGAGAGACACGGGCUUAAAGAACCGAAAAGGGUGGAGGAGCUUCAAAACAAGAUAGUAAACUGUCUAAAAGAUCAAGUCACCUUUAACGGGGGCGGCUUGAAUCGUCCAAACUAUCUGUCCAAACUGCUGGGAAAACUGCCUGAACUUCGUACUCUGUGCACACAGGGUUUGCAGCGCAUCUUCUACCUAAAGCUAGAAGAUCUGCUUCCACCGCCAGCAAUAAUCGACAAACUGUUUCUUGACACUCUGCCAUUUUAAACCCAGAAAAAAGCAAACGACCUCAAAAAACUUCCAUAGACUCUAUUUAAUGCAGUCUGUUUCUUCAAUCAUUGCCAAAUGACGUUCGCUUUCUGAAAACGGAUUUCAAACUUGGAAAACACGAGAAAAAAAAACUUUGCCAUCGAGUGAUUUUCUCCCCGGGGAACAAAGACAAAGGAUAAAAAGUGAAAGAAAAACAACUAAGAGAUUAAAUUCUAAUAAAAAAACGAACACAUCGAAUAGUCUGUUUGGUUUAGGACGAUGAAAAAAAUCUCGCCUUUGCUAAUAACUAUUGUUAAUUGCAAACGUCUGUGUUCAUGGACUGCUCACAGAGUAUUGUAUAUACGUCAUUUCUAUAUACAUAUACAAUAGAUUUAUGUGAUUUAUAUGAUGUAUAAAGCUUGUACAGAAACAUUUUUUCUUUUAUAAAUUGUGCCUGUGUAUUUCUGUCAGGUUGAAAAGGAGGCGCAUGUUGUAGAGGACUAUUGUCUCUAUUACACAUACUAUAUUCCGGACACUAUGUAGUCUGUUAGAUUUUAUAAAGAUUAGUAGUAUCGGGACAACUUUUAAAUGGCACAUGUGGAGAAAAAUACCAAUAUCAUCUGUACAGGUAAAAGGGACCGAUAGUGUUUGUAAAAUUGUCAGACAUUCCUUGUUUGUAUGUGCUGUAUGUAUUGUUGCUGUUUAAUAUAAACGUUUAUAUAUUUAUUUGGGCUUUACCGUUAAAGAAUGGUUGAGUUGGGAUUUCAGACGCAUAACGGUAGUCUUUGUUUAAUGUCUCAUAUGACUUUAUUUAUCACCUUUUAAUUAUGUAGGUGUGUGAAGAUCAUCACAGGCCUUUUCUAUGGUUUAACUUAAUAAAC